UUUGCCCCCCAUAGGACUCGAGUUCAGAAAUCAAAUGACAGAGUAAAGAUGGCGGCAGCAUCCAUCUCCAAAACCCUAACGAAGUGUCGUAGUGUUGGAGGUCGUGAUCCCCUCUUUUAUCUUUCAAGGUAUAAGCUUAGGGAUGGGCUUCCGCGAGCCUUCUCUAACUCUAACUCUGCCUCUGAAUUUGCUUCUUCAACCGGGGGAAAGUCAGAGAAAGGGUCGAGAACUUUGUCAAAAUGGUUGUUGUUUUUGCCUGGUGCUAUCACUUUUGGCCUUGGAACUUGGCAAAUUUUUCGAAGGCAAGAUAAGAUACAAAUGUUGGAAUAUAGACGGAAGAGGCUGGAAGCUGAACCUUUGAAGUUAAAUAUCUUAUCACCUUCAACUGAAAAUGUGGAUUCUCUGGAGUUUAGGAGGGUGAUAUGCAAAGGCGUUUUUGAUGAGGAAAAGUCAGUGUAUGUCGGUCCACGCUCUAGAAGUAUUUCCGGAGUGACUGAAAACGGCUACUAUGUUAUAACACCUCUGAUGCCAAUCCCCAACAACCCUGAGAGUGUGCAGUCUCCUGUCCUGGUCAAUAGAGGAUGGGUGCCGCGUAGUUGGAGGGACAAGUCUUUGGAAGAUUCACGAGACCAUAAGCAGCCUUUAAAUAUAGCACCUCCCUCCGCACAACAAAAUGAAAGAAUUUCUUGGUGGAGGUUUUGGUCAAAGAAGCCUACGACGGUUGAGGAUCAAGUCACUGCUGCUGCCCCUGUAGAAGUUGUUGGAGUAAUUCGUGGAAGUGAGAAGCCUAGCAUAUUUGUACCAGCAAAUGAUCCAAGCUCUUGCCAGUGGUUCUAUGUUGAUGUUCCCGCAAUUGCUUGUGCUUCUGGGCUUCCUGAGAACACUAUAUACAUUGAAGACAUCAAUGAAAACGUCAAUCCAAGCAACCCUUACCCUGUUCCAAAGGAUGUUAAUACCUUGAUUCGCAGUUCAGUGAUGCCACAGGACCAUCUAAAUUAUACAUUGACCUGGUAUUCUCUAUCUGCUGCUGUUACAUUCAUGGCUUACAAGAGACUGGCGCCAAAAAAGACCCGGAGGUAGCAACUCUUUACUAAAAGAUAUUUGGCCUUUCCAAUUAAUUUGACAUUCAAUGUUGCAUAAGAAUUAGAUUCACAAUAAUAUUUGAGCUAUAGAAUACAUUUACCUUCGGCAUUUUCCUUCUCGAAGUGAAAUUUUUUGUAUGUUAGCAUCGUUAAGCUUUUCAUCACUGCCAACAUAGCUGAACUGGAAAAUAUUUCCUGUUAAAUGUAAUCAACUGGUUUCUUAAUCAGCCUAGCUGAUAUGGUCACACAGUGGCGAUGGAUUCAUAUUUGAAGGAAAUGAUUUUAUCUUGAUUUAGUUUUCAUCAAUAGUUUGUCAUUAGCUAAGAAUUUAAAUGUCAUAUUUCGAAAAUUGGGAGACGGAUGUUGUUAGUUUCUAAAACUGAAGCGGCGAGGUUGUCUU